AUGUCCUCCUAUUUUCCUCGCCUCCGUGAACUAUGCUUACAAGUCAAAGCGUUUCCCUCAAACUUUUCUUUGGGAUCUUACCUCCCUACCACUCUCCAACUCCCUCACCUUCAAGCCCUGGAAAUUACAUCUCCUGGAUCCUAUUUACUCGAUAGGCUCACAGCCAAAGCACUCAAGUCCUUAACCUUGUAUAGUCCUCAUGACUGUCAUGGAACUCAGAUCUCCUCGUCCAUUAAAGCGGCGGUGAUACACGGACAAUUACUCCAUCUGAAGUUUGCGGAUUGGAAGCCUCCAAAUACGUCGAGUGAAUCACUUAGAGCCGUCGCGGUAUUCCGGGCUCUUAGCGAGAAGACACCACAGCUACUUACUUUGAACUUUUCCAGAAGCUUUGUAGAUGGAGGAACGCUAGUGUCGACGAUAGGAAAGAUUACGGACGAAUCCACCGAUACAUCUAAACGGAGGGAGUUAGAGGAACUAACGCUGAGCUAUCCAGCUGGAAUCACGAACGACCAGUGUGAAGAACUCAAGAAGCUAGUGAAGAAG